AGUGCGCGUGCGCACUGCGCGUUCACCGGACAGGGUUAAGACCGCUCGGGGCGGAGAUAUGGAUUCCUGAGUGUGGUGAAGAGUUUUGGCAACUCCGAGGGUGCGAGGGAGCAGUCGAGAAUCCUCCUGGCGGCGACGGGCUCAAGUUGAAUCGCGGCAGGGAGAGUGGUCGAAAGCCGGGCGUGGCAUGUCCCGGGUGCCCCGGUGCGGACAGUGAAGCGCGCGGCGAGCAGGAUGGGCCGGCGCCGGGCGCCCGAGCUGUACCGGGCCCCGUUCCCGUUGUACGCGCUUCAGGUCGACCCCAGCGCGGGGCUGCUCAUCGCUGCGGGCGGAGGAGGCGCUGCCAAGACGGGCAUAAAGAAUGGCGUGCACUUUCUGCAGCUAGAACAAAUUAAUGGGCGCCUGAGUGCCUCUUUGCUACACUCUCAUGACACAGAGACACGGGCUACCAUGAACUUGGCGCUGGCUGGUAACAUCCUUGCUGCAGGGCAGGAUGCCCACUGUCAGCUUCUGCGCUUCCAGACCCAUCAGCAGAAGGGCAAAAACAAGACAGAGAAGGCAGGUUGCAAGGAACAGGGGCCACGACAGAGGAAGGGGGCAGCCCCGGUAGAGAAGAAGUCUGGAGCUGAAACCCACCAGGAGGGGGUAGAACUCAGUGUAGAGAAUUUGCAAGCUGUGCAGACAGACUUCAGCCCUGAUCCGUUGCAAAAAGUUGUAUGCUUCAACCACGAUAACACCCUGCUCGCCACUGGAGGGACGGAUGGCUACGUUCGUAUCUGGAAGGUACCCAGCCUAGAGAAAGUUCUGGAGUUCAGAGCCCAUGAAGGAGAGAUUGAGGACCUGGCUUUGGGGCCUGAUGGCAAGUUGGUAACUGUGGGCUGGGACCUUAAGGCCUCCGUGUGGCAGAAGGAUCAGCUGGUGACACAGCUGCACUGGCAAGAGAACGGACCCACCUUUUCUAACACGCCUUACCGCUACCAGGCCUGCAGGUUUGGGCAGGUUCCAGACCAGCCUGCCAGGCUGCGACUCUUCACAGUGCAGAUUCCCCACAAGCGUCUGCGCCAGCCCCCACCCUGCUACCUCACAGCCUGGGAUGGCUCCACCUUCUUGCCCCUUCGGACUAAGUCCUGCGGCCAUGAAGUCAUCUCCUGCCUUAGUGUCAGUGAAUCGGGCACCUUCCUAGGCCUGGGCACAGUCACUGGCUCUGUUGCCAUCUACAUAGCUUUCUCUCUCCAGCGCCUCUAUUAUGUGAGGGAGGCUCAUGGCAUUGUCGUGACAGAUGUGGCCUUUCUACCUGAGAAGGGUCGUGGUCCAGAGCUCCUUGGCUUCCAUGAAACUGCCCUGUUCUCUGUGGCUGUGGAUAGUCGUUGCCAGCUGCACUUGCUGCCCUCACGGAGGAGUGUUCCUGUGUGGCUGCUGCUCCUGCUAUGUGUCGGACUUAUUGUUAUGACCAUCCUGCUGCUCCAGAGUGUGUUUCCAGGUUUUCUUUAGCCUUUCUGCUCUUAGGGAAUCAGGGGCCUGGACAUUACUACCUUCUAGAACAGAGUGGAGGCCUGAACCCCAUUGCUCAUUCCACCUGAAUCCAUAGUUGGCGUUCCUCUGAUGAGACUGACGGGCACUGCCUGCCCUGCCCACUUAAAGCUUGGCUAUGGCUCUGUGUGACUCUGAAUCCUGAGAACCCUUCAUUCUUCAUCCGUGGAUCCUCCCAGGACAGUGGUAUCUGAAGGCCAGGCCACACCACCUGCAUUCUUCCUCUGCCUGCCAGAGGCUC